AUGAGGGUAAAUGGAGGGGACAUCUCUAUUAAUUCACAUCCCACUAUUUCCGGAAAAUUGCAAGCAGAUAUGGAGAGGUCGACUUCUAGAAUUCCUCAACUUGAUGGACCAAUUCCAUUCGAUGAUGAUGUGCUUUCUACUCCAAAUAUAUACAACUAUGGGGAAGUGUUCAGUGAAGACUACAACAUUUCUAAUACACCAGCUCCUCCUGAAGUGCCAGCUAGCACCCCUGCUCUCGUAGCGCAGAAUGAGGUGGGAAAUGAAGAAGAUGAUGACGAAGAACCUCCCUUAAAUGAAGAAGAUGAUGAUGAUUUGGAUGACAUGAAACAAGGAGAGGAUCAAAAUACACAUCAUCUUGUUUUGGCCCAGUUUGAUAAGGUUACACGCACCAAGAGCAGGCGACGGGAGAGUUUGACUUCUGAUUUUGUUGGAGAUGGUGCCUUCGUGAAAGCUGAUUCGGAGAAGUCAUUGAGUGUUUCAUCAUCUUUCUUUGAUUAUAAUUAUUAA